UAUAUAUUAUUAAUUAAUAUAGACUAUUAUAGGGUCCGUUCGAAUGUAUCGUGAGAAUAUGAAAGGGGAAGUGAUUUCUUUAGUAUUCGUACCACGACGGGCGUCAAGUCGUGACAGCUUCACCGAAUUAUAAUUCCAUCAUCGAUGAUAUUUACUGAGACGUCCCUGUCAUUCUUCUAACAUUCACACGAUAUGAGCAAGCGAUAGCUGACUGAUAUUAGGGUAUAUCUUAAAAUUACUCAUUGCAACAAGAAACUGAAACACAUAUCUUGUAGUUCAGCUUUACGUUCACGACGCACCCUCUAUAUGAGCUUCGUUCGUUUGAGAAGAAUAUACCAAACGAAAAAGGAGAUACUAGUUUUUCCGUUAAUUUCUUGUAAAUAGUUGACGCUUGAAUAACUGUUUACAGUGUUCCUUCCGAAAGGAAAACCAUUUGUAAGAGCCCUAUGGUAACCGCUUGUCCUUAAGAACAAAAUAACGGCUAUAUGGCGCAAGGUAUUUCUAAAUAGUGCACUGGUAAGAUAAAUGAAGCCUGACUUAAAGCAGCAAUGGCCUGGUAAAGUGACUGAUACGUGCGCUAUUAAAGAUAGGCUAGUGAACCUAAAUUUUUCUACAAUGGCCUUUAAAUAGACUCGCAAACUAACAGGCGUCUCCGCGGACACUGUUUGGAGCGAAUAGCUAACUUGUCAAACCUCUUAAGGUCCUUGAGAUUCUUGAAUUGGAACCCUCUGAUAUUGUACGAUAUUUAUUUCGGUAGAGUCGCUCGCGGUGGAUGGGGUAACCGCGCCUACUCAAUCAGAAACGUAAACACGUGGCAGUAGCGUAAAGUAUAAAGAGCGCAUAUCCGCUUCGCUGUUACAUGAUAAAUACAGAUAAACGUACUAACUGAAUCGGAAACUCCAUCAGUUUCUCGCACGCCUCAAGGAUCGGCUAGACGGCCACAGUAAAUUUGGCGCGUCUGGUUGAUUCGUUCGUGAGUGAUCUGUAUUGCCGUUUCGUCCCCUGUUUGACGCCAAAAAAACAAGGCAGGAGGAAAAAAGUUGUGCAACAGAUCUUAUCUGACGCUGUAACGGUUGUCACAGGUGUCUAGUUAGCUGCCUAUCGUAGUCUAGUGGUCAGAUAGAAAAAAAAAAAAACUAUUCCACAUACGAUGAGCAUCGCAGCGGAAAUUCAAGCAACAAUUAAUGGUAUCAUUGUAUUGCUACAUUGUCAUUUUAUUUCUUGUCCCUUCCUCGCGUUGUAGUAAGCGUACUACGUGUGCAGUAAUGUUUGGCAUAAAAAAGAAGAAGACGAGGGGGUAAUAUCAUUUAUCAGAGGUGAUACAGUUUGAUAGGUCAUGGUCCAUUUUGCCAACGGCAGGAGCGACGGUUCAAAAGGGCAGUCGCUGAUAGUUGUACUCACACAGAAAUCCGCAUCAGCAGUGGUCGACCACAGCGUCGCUGUUUGUUUAUGUCAAUAAACAGGUCAAACAGACAAAAGUGCCGUGUCCCAUCGCGCCGUGCUACGAUAUCCUUGCUGCAGCAGGGCUGGCGGCAACAACAACGACAACAACAACAACAACAACAAGUUGAUACAAUAUAUAGCUAGACAGGCGGGGAUGAGUCCGACGAGCAGAACGCCAAAGAGACGCCCGCAAAUAUUCGAACAGGCGCCAAGGACGUUGUGCAGCGUCUGCAUGAGGGGAUCGCGGCCGCGAUCCGGUUGGUUUUGGUUUGCCUGCCGUCGCGCGUGGCUAGAUAGCAGCAGUCAGCGUUCAUCGGGACUGGUCACGACGACAAUAAUAAUAACAAAAUAUUGUAACAAAUAUAACAGCAUUCUACAUUUGCAUCCAUAGGCGGCACGUGGAUUAGCGGGAGAUUCUGACGGCGAGGCAGACGACGGACGAGCUUUGAACGUGCCAGAGCAGCAUACAAAUGGGUGCAUUUGUAGAAAAACUAUAUAGGCCUAGCCUAUAGAGUUGAAUGGCUGAUUAAGCUAGCGUACCGUCAUCGUCAAGACUCAGAUGUCAGACGACAAAAUACCCGCUGACGGAAGAGUAAACCAGAAAAAAAGACUAUCAGAAAGAGCUAUUGGCAGUAUGCCAUCUAAAAUGGUACCUUUAUGAGGUAGGCUCGUCGAAAUGUCGUAGUGAUUAGUAGACUAGGCUGCGUCCUGACGCGGACCAGGCUGUGGUAGCGAACGCCGUGGAAACCUUUCAAGCGACACACUUUACAACAUCAUCCCUUCGAGAUUUGUUGCUCCUGCCUCGCGACUGCCCCCUUUGGGUGUCCGAAAGAAGACCCAUCUAAUCGAAUCGAAAUAGUCUUUGCUGACUAACGAUUGAAAUAACUGAUACUAAGCAGGUACCUUGUCGCUGCUGCUGCUUACGGACGCAUUGAACAAUCUGACUUCUAAACCGAUGAAGGAAAAAAACACCGGUAGCUUCGUGAAUCGACAACGUAGCGAUGCGGCUGGUAAAGGUGACGGUAGCGACGACAAAGACGAUCACAAAAUCGGAGCCAUAGAAAAAGUGCUCUGUUAGCUCCAAGGUACGGCGUGGAAUAGCAGUGGCAGUUAAACAACCCCUGUAAUAGAGUAGGCUGAAGUUGCGAGCAGACGGGCGUGCGCACCGUUCGAUCUAGUUCGCCCCAUGUUCGUUUGCCGACUGGCCACCUUCGGUCGUAGCGGAUCACAUUCAUUAAGCAACGCGCUCAGAUACUGCUGCGUUUCGGCGGGUUUCUAAGGCAACCGUCUUGACACAAACGACAACCCAUUGCGUUUCGUGGCGGUGAAGUUCGUUCUCGCAGGAUCUGCACGUCCCGCCGAUAUGCCGAUCGACGGUGAAGCUGAUAAUUCACCUAGGAUAGAGGACGUCGCCCAUAAGCUUAUGCCGUGCGGAACAUGUGGGCGAAAGUUUUGGCCUGAAGCGUUGGCGAGACAUACGCCCAUCUGCCAGAAGUCGAAAAGCAGACCGAAGCAACUAUUCGACGUCAAGUCAAAGCGGAGAGAAGCUAUUAUUUUGGACAAUAAUGUUGAUAAUGCUCACGAGGUGUUCACGCAACGGAGUGGAAAUGAGCAGAAAAACAAGAAACCAGGAGCCCGCAUCCGUCGCAACGAUCUUAUCGGUACUGAGGCAGAAACGCUUUCGUCAAAAGCGGUGCACGUUUCUCAAUCGACAGGCACACUUAUUCAACGAAAACCGGCCAGUGUGCCACGUGGUGGACAACCGAAACACAAAUUAGAGUCCCCAAAACAACCUGCGCUGGUUCGAAGGACACUGAACAAAAAAGCACCCAUACAAGCUAUAGUAGAAAAGCCGGUCAUAACAACUAACAAUAACAACACAGUGGCCAAUCGCUCGCGGACCCCAUCUCGCGGGGCACCAAGAAAACGCGCUACGGUGUCACCAGAUGUAAAUGGUAACGAUGGUUCAGACGGGGGUCGAGGCGCAGUAUCCUCUAGAAAAACGCUGUCUCGUAAUUCACUUCGCUAUAUACCGACUAUACGACGAGCGGUCUCAUCGCCGCAUAUCGACACAAACAAUAACAACAAACAAAAAGAGGGUCUGGUUGUCAAAUUUAAGGAAAAAUUUCCAAAUCAUGUCAACCCGAAUUUGGACACGUUCUCGGCGGUAUUCAGCAAAUCACAAGGUCAAAUUGCGCCUAUUUCUAUUCGGAAGCCUCGGACGGUGCCCGGAGUCCGAACAGGCGGUCACAAUGGCGUGGAGUUCGCGGAUCCGAAAUUAUCAAAGCGGCCAGCGUCCUCUAUUGAACUCGACAGUGGAUGGGACUCUAGGCGUUUCACAGAGGAUUACGUCCUGAGACACUCUCCAAGGAUUACCACGGGGGCCAGUAUGACCGACCUUCGGUCUUCGAGUGCGGACGUCUGCGUCAAAUGCAGUUCGCCGUUUCUCGUUGUCACGGCUAGGUUCUGCUUUAACUGUGGUGAGAAGCGUCUCUAGAGUUUUCGAUAUGGAAGCUAGGCGCUAAAGGCUCUUGUUCACAUCUGGGCAGCUAUUCAUAUAUAUAUAUAUGGGUCACGAAGGCUGGAUGUCGGAUUACCUAUGAGAAUCGACACGACAAUGAGAACUUUUUCAGUGUUAAAAGAGACCUGUGAUGAUAUCGAGGCGAUGCAGGCCGAAGAAGGUCAUGCACCAAAAUGCUUGAGACCAGUAAUUAAAUGUAAACCAUUGGUUAACAAACGUGAUCUGGUAGAAGCUAUAGGCAAAACAAGACUGUUGUUGUAGUACUUAUACGACUUUACUGUGGAGGCCAUUAAUGAAUUAAUUGCUUAGGGGCAAAUUUGAGAAACAGAAAUAGCAGAGCGGGAAAGGAUUCGUCGAAUCGGUUUGAUGUACGUCCGACCGUAUCGUACGGUUGUCACUAAAAAACACGGCUAGACGGACGACCAGUAGGUAGAUAUUCAACCCAUCUAAGUUUGCCAAGUCCAAACGGCGAUGGCUUACCUAUUUCGAUAGUGGACAGUGGCACAUUCAACGUAAGCAGAGCUAGCGUGAAUAAGCUAAAUACCUCAUAAUAGUCUAGAGGUGAAUCGGGAAAGUUCAGUAGGAAGUUCAUAUUCAGGAUCAUAGUUUAUGGUUGAAGUGCGUCACACGCUCUUGGCUAAACGAAGACACGUCUGAGAAGACAGCCGACCACCAACCGAGACACACAACUCGGAAGCUAGUCAACGGGAGAAUGAAUCGGACCGAGAUCGGGUGCGUCAGCCGACCGUUGUGCGUCUAUAUUAUAUGAAAACCUAAUAAAAUGCCUAUAUUUGUCGAUUAAUAUGGCCAUGACAUUUGUAUAGCCUAUAAUUAAGGCUUUUCUGCUGCCAGAUGAGCACUUAAGCAGAUCGAACUUGAUCUUAUUUGUUGAUGUAUCGAAGAUUGUGUUAUGAAUAAAGUAUCAUACGCUCGUAUUCGUUUCUGAAGUGACGGUGAAGACUGUUGAAAUGCCAUUUCAGAUAACGUAGCUUGAGCAUUUUUAGAUAGUUACCUAGUUUUGUCUUGAAAAUAUAGAAAGAAUAAAUUUGGACGACUACGUUGUA